ACUGUCACGCACCACCCUUCUUCCUUCCUGGGAUGGGUAGAGUCGCCUGUGUGGACAAACAUUUAUUCUCUCACUAGGGCCGAGAUUUGUUCAUUUUACGAGUCAAAAAUCUGCUAAAUAAACGCUUUGUUUAAUAGAUAGGAAUAGACACGAAAGGAUUAUUGUUUGGGAUUAAACGCAAGUAUGGGUUGCUGCCUGACUGUUGGACCAAACGAAGCGCUCGUUGUGUCAGGUGCCUGUUGUGGGUCAGAUGCAAAGACGUAUGUGGUGGGAGGCUGGGCGUGGGCAUGGUGGCUUAUAUCAGACACACAGAGAAUUACACUAGAGAUUAUGACACUACAGCCUAAGUGUGAAGACGUGGAGACAGCAGAGGGAGUCGCUAUUACAGUGACAGGAUGUGCUCAAGUCAAGGUUAUGACUGACCAAGACUUGCUGGCGGUUGCCUGUGAGCAGUUUCUGGGGAAGUCUGUCAUGGAAAUCAAGGCUGUGGUUCUGCAAACCCUAGAAGGACAUUUGCGUUCUAUCUUAGGUACUUUGACAGUGGAGCAGAUCUACCAGGACAGAGAUGAGUUUGCUCGGCUGGUGAGGGAGGUGGCAGCUCCUGAUGUGGGCCGGAUGGGCAUUGAGAUCCUCAGCUUCACUAUAAAAGAUGUCUAUGAUAAACUGGACUACCUGAGCUCUCUUGGAAAAACACAGACAGCGGCUGUACAAAGGGACGCGGACAUCGGAGUGGCUGAGGCAGAGAGGGAUGCUGGGAUUAGAGAAGCUGAGUGCAAGAAAGAAAUGAUGGAUGUGAAGUUCUUGGCGGACACUAGAAUGGCCGACUCCAAACGAGAGCUGGAGCUGCAGAAAGCUGCUUUCAAUCAGGAAGUGAACACUAAGAAAGCUGAGUCUCAGCUUGCCUAUGAACUACAGGCAGCUAAAGAGCAGCAGAAGAUCAGAUUGGAGGAGAUUGAAAUCGAGGUUGUUCAGAGGAAAAAACAGAUCUCCAUCGAGGAGAAAGAGAUUGAGAGGACAGAGAAGGAGCUGAUUGCGACGGUCAAGCGUCCUGCUGAAGCAGAGGCUUACAAGAUGCAGCAACUAGCUGAAGGACAAAAGUUGAAGAAAGUGCUGAUUGCUCAGGCCGAGUCAGAGAAGAUCAGGAAGAUCGGAGAGGCAGAGGCCAUCUCUAUCUCAUCUGUGGGGAAGGCUGAGGCCGAGAGUAUGAGGCUGAAGGCAGAGGCCUACCAGCAGUACGGAGAGGCCGCCAAGACUGCGCUUGUCCUAGAAGCGCUGCCCAAGAUUGCUGGAAAGGUAGCGGCUCCUCUGGCCAGGACCAAUGAGAUUGUUAUUCUGAGUGGGGAUGGAAGCCGUGUGACCGGAGAAGUGAACCGCCUCCUCGCCGAACUGCCCGUGUCUAUUAAUGCACUCACGGGUGUGGACCUGUCCAAGAUGCCUCUGUUGCAGAAGAUGACAGGUGCUCAAGCAUGAAGUCAAUCAGUUGCGUCUCCUUCAUGAUGUGUUGUAUGCACUCACAGAAACUGCCUUUAGAAGAUUUUAAUUAAAAAACAAAACAAAAACAAGUAGAUUUUGAUACCUCUGGUGCCUUAAUCUAUCAUAGGACCAGAAUUUCUGCAUGCACUGCUGCUCCCACAUUCUGCAGUUCACUUUAUUUUUCAAUCAUCGUGCAUCACAUACGUCAGAGACCAUCAGGACAACCACUAAUGAUUUUUGUUUUGUUUUGUUAUAUAUUUUUGUAGUGUCAUCAUUCAAAACUCAGCCUAUCACACUUUAUUCUUUACUAUUUUAUACACUUUAUUUUCAUCUCUACACUACUCAGACACUUUAACACUCAAUGGUGAGUCAGCUUUAGAUUACAAUCAAAUCUUUUUAUCUAUCCAAAGUCAAGUGUCACUUAGGUUAAGUCAUAUUUCUAACUAAAACGAGGCGACUUUACCUUUCAGAUCCUACCAUGAUUUCUAACAUUCAGGAAAUCUGCCACUGAUGUAUGGUUGCGAGUAGCAGUCAGUAUACUAAGCUCUUGGGCAAAACCAUUGCCUUACGGGUAAAAAUCAGUGUCAUCUUCGAUAGAAUCAAGCCAAGUGCUCCUCUUCUGUUUAAAUGUUGCUGACACAUAAACAAACAUGGCCUUCAGAAACCGAUCCAUCUUCUGAAUGACCGUGCAAGUCACCUGAGCUCAACAAUAGUUCAGAUCACUUUUUUGCCAGUAGAUUUUGAUUGUAUGUGUGCUUUGUUUUGUUUAUGUUAUUGGAGAUAUAUCAUUGGCUGUUAGCAAACUCAUGUCUGGACAUCCAACCAAUCCGAUGCUUUUGAUAUAGUUUCAUGACAACAGAGUUGAGCCAUUUUUAAAACAGUUUUGUAUAGUUGUAUGACAUCUAUUCCUAACAAAAUCUUUCUACAUAUUAACACGAGUUACAUGAGAUUAAUUUAAAAAUCACCCUUUAUGCACAUUAACAUUCUGUUCUGUAGUGGUUAAUCUAGAUUGUGUAUUCUUUUGUCACUGUGAAAGUUAUAUUACCUCGUUUUCCUCAUUCGGUUCAUAGCGAGUAGGGUUUGACAUGUUUGUACAUUUAUUCUAUUGGGUUCAGUAGUGCUGUGAAGGGGCAAAGUCACUUUUCCUUUUUUAUUUGUCAAACUCUAGUUUUUAUGUUUGAUUAAUUCAGAACUAUUAAAGCCAUGUCAUGACAAGUUUAGAGCAUCGUAGACUAGUUAUGUGCUUUUGUAUGCAAUGUACUAUACUGUGUAUUGGACAAACAUUAUAGGAACUCUAGAAUUGUAUGGCAGGAUAAAGCUCAGAUGCGCUGUUCUUUAGUGGGACAAAAGAUACACGAAUUAACCCCAAAUAUGCCAUUGACGAUGUUGGGAUUAUUUGGUAGUUUUAUACAUACUCUUUACACAGAAUUAACUGAGCAUGUUUAUGGUGCAUGUAUUUCCAAAUGUAAUAAAUGUAAUGUGAUCCUGUUUAUCUCGAUGUUCUUUCAUUCUAUUAAAGUGCUCAUAUAAACUGUG